AUUAAAUUAGAUAUAAAAAUUAAUUUCAGAUGCCAAGAGUUAAACCUCAUAGAUCAAUGCAAACAGUACGCCCCGCGCGCCGCCACCAAAGAGGAACUGUGCGCGCUGCACUCGCCAUCCGUGUACGAAAUGAUGGAGACUACGCACCAAAACAACAACACGGAGUUCCUGGAGGAGCUGUCGUCUAGAUACGACGCUAUAUAUAUACAUCCGAGCACACACUCGCUGGCCCUCCUCGCGGCCGGCUCGACCAUAGACAUGGUGUCGCGCAUAGUGUCGGGCGAGGUGCAGAACGGCGCGGCGCUGGUGCGGCCGCCCGGACACCACGCCAUGCGCGCCGAGCCCUGCGGCUACUGCUUCUACAACAACGCGGCGCUGGCCGCCAGCCACGCCAUACACAAACACGGACUGCAAAGAAUUUUAAUAGUGGAUUGGGACGUACACCACGGUCAGGCGACACAGCAGAUGUUUUACGAUGACCCAAGAGUGGUAUACUUCUCAAUCCAUCGCUACGAGCAUGGCACGUUCUGGCCGAAUCUGCGCCAGUCGGACUUCCACUACACCGGCAGCGGACUCGGCAAAGGGUUUAACUUCAACGUACCUCUCAACCGCACUGGGAUGAAGGAUGAGGACUAUAUAGCGAUAUGGCAUCAACUCCUGAUGCCCAUGGCUUUCUAGUAUCAACCGGAGCUGAUUAUAAUAUCGGCCGGAUACGACGCGGCGAUCGGCUGUCCCGAGUUCUCACCGCAACUUAUAAUAAUAUCGGCCGGGUACGACUCCGCGUUAGGAGACGAGAAGGGCGAGAUGGAAGUGUCGCCGGCGUGCUACGCGUCGCUGCUGCACAUGCUGCAGGCGGCGUGCGCGGCGGUGUGCGUGGUGCUGGAGGGCGGGUACUGCGCGGCGUCGCUGGCGGAGGGCGCGGCGCUCACGCUCCGCUCGCUGCUCGGACACGCGCCGCCCAGGAUGCUCCACAUCGGAGAGCCCAGUGAUGAAAUCCGCGACACGAUAUUAAAUUGUAUAUACGCACACAAAGACGUUUGGAGUUGCUACAACUACCAACCGACGUAUACCACCCAAGGCGCGCCCAACGUGUGCGACGGACAGAAGCAGAAACACACUGUAACUGUGAAAUGGGAGGGGGAUGAGACCAGGCCGGACCGGUUUGCUACCAGGAACUGUUACCCGCUGCAGGAUAACGCUACCAAGUUGAGGAUUGCUGAGAGGCUCAACUAUUUGAAGUCGGUGACGGAUUUAUCGAUACCACAACACGCUGUCUGUUACUUUUACGACCAAGCUAUGUUGAAGCACAAGAAUAUAUGUGAACCAGGUCACGUGGAAUGUCCGGAGCGUAUAAUGCGCAUCCACGAGCGGCAUCGCGACUACGGGCUGCUGGAGCGAGUGCAUCACGUGACGGCUCGCCGCGCCACCGACGAGGAGAUAUUGGCGGUUCACACUAAGGAAUAUCUUGAUCAAUUGAAAGAACUAUCGACGACAAAACUGAGAGAUUUGAACAGUCAAAAGGACCUGUACGACUCGGUGUAUUUCCAUCCCGACUCGCUGGAGAGCGCCUCUGUCGCGAUGGGAUGCAUUAUAGAGGCUACAACAGAAGUCCUGAGCGGGCGCAGCGGCGCGGGCGUGUGCGUGGUGCGGCCGCCCGGACACCACGCCUCCUGCGACGUGCCCAGCGGCUUCUGUCUGCUGGCGGGCGCCGCAGGGGGGGCGGUCGCGGCCAGGGGGGCGGGGGCCAAGGUACUGCUGCUGGACUGGGACGUACAUCACGGGAACGGGACGCAGCGGCUCACGUAUGACGAUCCACAGAUACUUUACAUAUCGAUACAUCGGUAUGACCACGGGUCCUUCUUCCCGCAUUCGAAAGAGGCUGACUAUACCGCAGUUGGGGAGGGAAAAGGAGAGGGCUUCAAUGUUAAUAUACCUUGGAAUAAGCGUGGCAUGGGCGACGCGGAGUACAUGGCGGCGUUCACACAGAUCGUGUUGCCGAUAGCGUACGAGUACAACCCGGACCUGGUCAUCGUGUCGGCUGGGUUCGACGCAUGCGUUGGAGAUCCGCUCGGAGGAUGCAAGGUGACUCCAGAAUGCUACGGCCGCAUGACGCAAUUACUACGAGGUUUAGCCGGAGGGCGGGUUGUACUGUGCCUUGAAGGAGGCUACAAUAUAACCAGCAUAUCAUACGCAAUGGCCAUGUGUACCAAAGCGCUUCUUGGAGACCCAAUCACGCCCCACUACGAGCCAAAACAGACCUGCCAUUGGUCAGCGGUCGAAACGAUCAAUGACGUCAUAAACACCCACAAGAAGUAUUGGAAAAGUCUCAAGUUUCAAGUAGCGUUGCCUUCAGAGGAUGUAUUGGACCCACCCCUACCGUCGAGGGGGUUAAAUGACUACCAAAGAGAGUUACCAUCGCCGAAGAGCAGUCGAUAUUCUCUAGAGACAGAUAUGGCUAAUCUAAGCAUCGAUAAAUGUGAGGACGGCAUACACUGCGGCACUGAUGAUGAAGACGAUCAAAAAUGUAAUGCAAACAAAAAUAAAAAAGAAGCUUUAAAUUCAGGUAAUGAGAUCGAAAUUUGCACGGGCUCGAAUGUAUCGAUUAGUCAAGGGCUGUCAAUUGAUAAACAAGGCUCUAGCGAUGCGAAACGAACGUUAGUCGAUUAUUUAUCGGAGAAUAUGCAGUCGAUAGUGGAUGGGGAGAUGUUCGCCGUGAUACCGAUGCCGUGGUGCCCGCAUUUGGACUCGUUGUAUGCGAUACCGAAUGGUGUUAAGUUCGAGCAAGGAAUGAAGUGCGUGGACUGUGAACACACUGAAGAGAAUUGGGUGUGUCUGCAUUGCUAUAUUACUGCGUGCGCGCGCAAUAUUAACGGUCACAUGCAAGCUCACUACUCCACAACCAGGCAUCCUCUAGUGUUGUCCCUCGUCGACCUAUCCGUGUGGUGCAACGAGUGCGACGCGUACGUCGACAACGCGCUUCUGUAUGACGCGAAGAACAAUGCCCAUAGACACAAGUUCCAAGAGGACAUGCCGUGGUGUUACGAAUCGGACACUAUUCAUAUGGAGUAGGGUGACCACAUUUUCGAGAGGAUAUUUACAGCUGUGAUCUUUAUGCAGUAGGGUGACAAAGUUUCCGAGAAUAAAUUUACAGCCGUGACUUUUAUCGUGUAUGGUAACAAAGUUUCAGAGAGGACAUUUAUAUCCCCGGCUUUUAUGGAGUAGGGUGGCGUUCUUUCCAAAAGGAAAAGUGUUACAGCCGUCACACGGUAUAAUAUGGAGUAGUGUAAUGACGUCACACCAAGAUUUUCCGCAAUGUUACAAUUUGGUCAUUGCGUGUAAUAUGUAGAAUAAUGUCGUCACUACAUUAGUACUCUCUUUGUCAGAUAUUUCGAUAAAUCUGGUGAUAUUCGAAAUCAAAUUUAUGAACAUAGUUUUUGUGUGGUCAAGUUUUUAUGACUAUAAUUUAAUGGUAAUUCGAUGGGGUCAAAUUAUGGUGAUACAGUUGAACUUUUUGAAGGAAUGGGUAAAAACUGUAUUAUAACAAUGUAGUUAACUACUUAACUAAUACACUGACAGCUUGCGUGGCAACUGCAAUAUUAAGAUCAAUAGUAAUAAUAAAUAACAUAUCUGGAACGUAGACUAAUACUAAAUAGAUACGCUUUUAAGAUAUUAAUGCCCAAUUUUGUCCUAAUGGUGAGCGUUCAUCAAAUGGUGUAUCGAAGUUAUACUAAAAAUGAAGGCAACACUAAAAUAAGUCGUCACACUAAAAGAAAAUAAUCAUACAUUCGUCUUUAUUUCAAUAUAGGGAUGACAAGGACAAAACAUUGAUAAACUUUUGAAAAUAUCUCAAAACUUUGUAUUAAACAAAAAGGUUAUAAUUAAUACUAUUUUCACUGGUUUCAGUUUUAGAAAAUUCCUAGUGACCAACAAUUAUUAAAAGCAUUUUAGCGUGACGUCAUCGCUUCCGUUUGACACAUUUGUCUUUUGAGGCUAAACUUCUGGGAUAAUUUAAAAGGAACGGAAAUUGGGCGUUAUUAUUACCUAAUUUUAGGGUCUAAUAUGAUUCUGCAGCUAAGUAAGUAGUGUAUUUGCUCAUAGACUGGCCUAUACCUGGCAUAGAUUAUUAAUACAUUUAUUGCAUUUUAUGAAUGUUUAUUUCUUUAAUAUAAUCGUAAAACUACCUUACUUUUUACUAAGAAUGCAAUAAAAGCAAAUACUUUAAAAAUAAUUACAAUCGUGAAUACAAGAUACAUUGUGUCAUUAACAGUUAAAAAUAAAAAGUGAAAAAUAAAAUAACCAGUGUAAAAAUAGCAUAUUUUUUUAGUUGCAUUCUAAUAGAAAAUGACACGAGUAGAUCACGCCAUAUUUCCGUAGUUUGUUAUUUGAAUACAUUUUUGUAGAUAUAUCCUGAUUUUUCAGUACAAAAGAUAAAUAAUUAGGAAUUUUACUGUCAUAUAGUAUUUUCUAGACGAUCUGUAAAUUAUUUCCGAAAUAUUUAGUUUAGUUAUAGCUCAGACAAUAAUUUAGUCACAGCACUCGGCAAAAAUAUCGAGUUCUAAAGAGAAAAUCGGAAAGUCAGUGAACAACCGUCACAGGAAUAAGAGAUUUAUGUAUCUCUUCGUAGUACCACGACAAGUACCACGCUUCGAAAACGUAAGCUAACUGACUAUUUUUUCUAAGGUCCAUGUGUCUUAGUAUAUACUAUACUUUACAUAUCUGAUUAUAUUUACAUAGAAAGAGGAAAAAUAUUACGAAUUCGACCAUUCCAAUUAUGAUAAUUUAUUUAAAAUAUUAAUUUAGCGAAUGAUUUUUUAUUGUUACUAAUUUCUAAAAGUAUUUUUUAUUAUUUAAUUAUUUUGCAUAAAAAACUUCACGCGACACGUUCAGGUUUGACCAUCGUAUAUUUUCAUCUUCGUCGUAAUUACUAAUGUUUGACGCAUUUUAAAACAAACUAUUACCAUGAAAAAGUCUGAGCUUAACAUAUUAUAUUACAAAUCUUGAAGUAUUUGCAUAGCUAUGAGUUGUUUAUGUUUAUAGUUGAUAUUUAAAGAUUGUCAUUGGGCUCGACAUAGUGAUAAAUUCAUUAUGUAUUUAUUUUUUUACUAAAUAUUGUUCGCGGCACGAGAAAAAAAUCUUAUACCUUGAUUUAUAAUAUGAAAACUGAGUAAAAAAAUAACUGUUGUGGCUUAUAGCCAAAUGCAACGCAUUAACCUUUGUACUUUAGUGUAAAUAUGUAUAGAAACAUUGUGUAUUUAUUUUGAAUAAACGUUCAUGAUAAUGAAUAGAA